ACGCAAAAGCAACAAGUCAUCGACGCACACUUUCUCUCUCCAGACCCACUACUCUCUCUAACAAAAAAGAGCGAGAUAUAAAUAACACACGCAUUACACAACAAAAACCCACUAGGACUCUCCAAGUGAUCAAAAGAAAAUAAAGAAAGCAAAGUGAGUAGAGGCAAAGAAAGCGACUCAUGAGAAGAAGAGCUAAACCAAAGUGAAAAAGAAAAAAGGCUGUUGAGAGAAGAGGGAAGAUUUGGGUUGGGUUAUGGUGGAAAAUCCAAUCGGCACGGUGCAGCUCAAGGGCAAAAUCGUCAUUAAACAUUCAUCUCCAUGCUCCUCCUCUUCUUCACCCCCUCCUCUUCCGUCUCUUCUAAUGUUGUUGAAUCCAUCGCCACCAAAAUCAAUAAGCUCGCUGGAGUUCUCAUCGGCGUUGCUAACGGCGGCGGUAACGGUGGUGCUGGUGGUGGUGGUAAUGCUUUCUGGAUGGAACGUCAACCUUCUAAUGCCGGUAUAGCUUUUGCUGUUACGGCCUUGGCCGGUCUCGCCUUGGCCGCCGCCGUUUUCUACACUACUAGGUAAAAGCAACAACGACAACAACAAUAUCCGCCUCAACUCAAAUUUUCGAUAAGCGAACCGUGCUCAUUGAAACCCUAGAAAUCUCUGUAGAGUAGUAGAUCUUUCUUGUUUUCUUCUUUUUUUUUUCUUCCAGAGUUAAAACAAACAGUCAGUGUAGUAGAAGUAGAUGAGAGCUCUCAGACGAAGUCAGACUUCGUCAUCUUCAAAUUCCUCUUCACCGUCUUCAUCAUCACCAUCAUCAUCGUCAGCGUCAUCGUCGUGGAUUCAUUUGAGAUCAGUUCUAUUCGUUGUUGCUUCCUCACCAGCUUCUUCUUCUUCCUCUAAUCGAGGUCAUCUCAAAUCACCAUGGUCUCGUAGGAAAAGAAAACGUGCUCUUACACCCCAGCAGUGGAGAAGCUUUUUCACACCAGAAGGAAAAUUUCGUGAUAGUGGAGUUAAAUUUCUAAAGAAAGUCCGAAGCGGAGGUGUUGAUCCUAGUAUCAGGCCCGAGGUUUGGCCAUUCCUCCUGGGAGUCUAUGAGUUGAACAGCUCUAAAGAAGAAAGAGAUUGUAUAAGAAAUCAGAAGAGGAGGGAAUAUGAGAGCUUUCGCAGAGAUUGUCGCCGACUGCUGAAACGCGAUGGGAGCUUUAAAUUGAGGGAAACUGGUGGAAUGGGAAGUGACGGUGAAGGAAAUAUCACUGAAGGGAUGGACUCCCCCGACUAUGAAGAUGUUGUUACUGCCCGGGAAUCUCUUUCCAGUGAGGACAGGAGCACAUAUGUCGAGGAUUCUGAUAAUCCUAGUUGUACAAUAGCUAAUGAAUUUUCCAGUUCCAAACGAGUGACGGAGCCAAAUGAUGUCUCUGAAUCUGAGUCAUCAGACUCAGAUUCCUCUGCAGAUCCUGAUAUCAGUCAGACUGUACCCUCGGCAGAAACCAUGGAUGAGAAUACUGCUGAAGAGACCUCUAAGGAGGAAUCUUCUCCUUCAAAGACAGAAGUCCAGUCACGGCCAUGCUGUGCAGAAGAUUUUGCUACAUGGCAACGAAUAAUUCGGCUUGAUGCAAUUCGUGCUAAUGCCGAAUGGAUAGCAUACUCCCCAUCUCAAGCUAUAGUAUCAGAAAGUAGGGCACACCGUUUUGCAGAGGCUGUUGGGUUGAAGGACUAUGAACACCUAGAGCCCCCUAGAAUCCUGCAUGCUGCUCGGUUAGUCUCCAUUCUUGAAGCCUAUGCGCUAUAUGACCCUGAAAUUGGCUAUUGCCAGGGGAUGAGCGAUUUGCUUUCACCCAUAAUUUCUGUAAUGACAGAGGAUCAUGAGGCUUUUUGGUGCUUUGUUGGUUUCAUGACAAAGGCUCGGCAUAAUUUCAGGCUCGAUGAGGUUGGAAUCAGGAGGCAGCUGAACAUUAUUUCUAAGAUCAUCAAACAAAAGGAUUCACAUCUCUAUCGACACUUGGAGAAGCUUCAAGCAGAGGAUUGCUUUUUUGUGUACAGAAUGGUGGUAGUUCUUUUCAGGAGGGAAUUAUCUUUUGAGCAAACGCUCUGCCUAUGGGAAGUAAUGUGGGCAGAUCAGGCUGCUAUUAGGGCUGGGAUUGGCAAGUCUGCCUGGAGUAGGAUUAGACUGCGUGCCCCACCAACAGAUGAUCUCUUGCUUUAUGCAAUUGCAGCAUCUGUAUUGCAACGGAGGAAACAGAUCAUAGAGAAGUAUAGUAGCAUGGAUGAAAUUUUAAGGGAGUGUCAGAGCAUGGCUGGUCAACUGGAUGUAUGGAAGCUUUUAGAUGAUGCCCAUGACUUGGUGGUUACUCUCCAUGACAAGAUAUAGAUGCUUUUGUUAUGAUGCGGUGCUUUCCAAGAUUUUCCACUAAUUUAUUCUCAUUGCUGCUCAAACUUUAUUUUGUGGGAUGAUGCUACCAACACUGUAUGCAUCUCUGGUACCACAUGGAGAACUGCUCUACCUGAAGAUAGCUUAUGGUCAAGUACUGCCACUGCUUUUCUUUUGCUAAAGAACAUGCAAAUGUCAAAAAGAAUCUGCACUUAGGAAAUAACUUACGUGAACCUCCUACAUACAGGCUUGCAGAUUGCUUGAAUUCGGUGUAGCAAUUCGCUGGUAGCCUGAUUGGUGUACCAUGCUUGAUAUUGAUAUUUAACAUUGUUCUCUUGUUAGUGCUCCUAAGGUGGCUUUUAUUUGGAGUAUUUCUCCUAUUGCUCCAACCUCCCCAAGAAAAAUGGGGUUUCAUUUAGAGAUGGGAUUGUCGAUGAUGGAAUGUCAUGCCUUUCCAUGCACUGUGUAAGCUUUAUCAUCAAAGCAAUAGUUAUAUCAUAACCAUUACGACCUUAAA